CAUGUUCCAUAAUAUUUGGAAGAAGCAUCAAAAAUCAGAAGGCAUGAGCUCUAACGUUGUACCUGUUCCAAAUGGAGAAAAUAUUACUAUUUCUCAACAUGACCAGAACAUGCAGAAACUCAAAGUUUCCUUUAUUAAUAUUGUCUCUUCUCUGAAGGAGAGAAUUGGCAAAUUGGAUAUGAAGAAAGUAAUUCAUAGCGUCAAAGUUGGUAUUGCUUUAGUACUGGUAUCACUUUUGUACCUGUUGGAUCCUCUAUUUCAGAAAGUUGGACAAAAUGCCAUGUGGGCCAUUAUGACUGUUGUAGUUGUUUUUGAGUUCUUCGCAGGUGCUACACUAAGCAAAGGCGUAAACCGAGCGAUUGGUACCAUAUUGGGAGGAGGAUUGGGAUGUUUGGCUGCAAUCUUAGCUGACAAAAGUGGUGAAAUUGGUGGCGCCUUAGUUGUUGGCAUCUCUGUGAUUAUCAUUGGUGUUGGCGCAACAUAUACAAGGUCGAUACCAAGUGUGAAGAAGAGAUAUGACUAUGGAGUAAUGAUCUUCAUAUUAACAUUCAGUUUGGUAGUGGUAUCGGGUGUUCGAGCAGACAAAAUAAUGAAGUUGGCUGGAGAGAGACUGUCCAACAUUGGCAUGGGCUUUGCUGUAUGCAUAUUUACAAGUUUCAUAUACCCCAUUUGGGCUGGUGAUGAACUUCAUUCCUCCACUGCAACUAAGUUUGAUAAACUUGCAACUUCUAUCCAAGGAUGCUUAGACGAAUAUUUCGAGAUAGCCAAUGAUAAGGAAAAACAGCCAGCAAUGGACAUGAGUGGAUGUAAAUCAGUGCUGCACUCCAAGUCCAGUGAUGAGUCAUUGGCAAAUUUUGCCAAGUGGGAACCUUGGCAUGGAAAAUUUGGAUUCUCUUAUUCAUGGGAGAAGUAUCUGAUAAUUGGAGAGGUUUUAAGAGAACUUGCAGCAAUGGUCCUCUCAUUCAAAGCAUGUAUUCAAUCAGUUCGACAGCCGUCCCCAACAGAAAGAGAGAGCAUAAGAGAGCCCUGCGAGAAGAUAGGAUUGUCACUAGCAACAAUUUUGAAGGAACUUGGAGAGAGCAUAAGGGACAUGAAAAUAUAUCGUGCCAAAAUUUUGGUAACACAGUGUAUAAGACGAGAGCUAAUUAGCCUCCUCGUAAACUCGGAGAAUAAUUCGACUGAUGAAACUACUCUUGGAUUAUCCAGCUUUAUUUUUCAAAUUUUAGAGAUGGUGGACAAGGUUGAAUUGUUGGCCAAAAAGGUGGAAGAACUUGGUGAAAUUGCUCACUUUCAAAACAAGAAACUUGAUGUUUGACUAUGUAAUGUGUCUGUUUACGUUGUAUAUACAUACAUAUUUAAUCCGUGUAAAUAAUUUUUUUACAUUAUCAAGUUAUCCAAAAAUAUAUAAUCUUAAGGUUUCUUAAGAUAAGCCUCCUUAAAAUGUGAGAUAUGGUAGUAUUGUAAAGAAGCCUCCUUACUACCUACUGCAAAGCUAAAUAUGAUGUAAUGGUGUCUUAAAACAGAAUUUUUUUUUUUAAUUAUAUACAUUAUUAAUAUAAAAAUAAUUUUUUUUAAUAGAAA